GUUCCAAAGUGGUACAAAGUUCAUCCGGUUUGAUUUAUUAUCUAAUCAGUUAACUAUUCACAGCCCUCUUUUUGAUGCUUUGAUAGGGGAUAGGGUUCAGUUUCGGUUAAGAUAGCGAGGCAAUUUGAGAUCUAAAUAACUUUCAGGUAAGUCAUGGCUAAAACUGCCAAAUCCUUGUUCCAUACGCUGCCUCACUGUUUUCUAAGAUCUCAACUUUUUAAACCAAACUGUCGUAAUUUAUCCUCACAUGUUAAAUACUCUAUUGAAGUAAAUAACCAAAAAGACUUUUUACGCGUCUCGCUGAAAUCUCGGGUUCUAAAUCUCUCAUUUGAAUACUUACUAGAUAAUAAUGUACACUCAUUUGACCCUAUUUCGUCACAGCGAAUGGAAAACAUUGUUGAUGUUAACCAAAAUGUAGAUCUUAUUGAUUGGCGACUAAAUGAUGACAAUAAAUUGGAGCUUUUCUGGGGUGAUAAGCGAACUACUUUUUUCGAUCUUUCGUUAUUGGAAGAGAGUUCGAAGCUUAAGCAAGUCUUUUGGGACUCAAGCAGUUUCAAUAAACUUAUAUGGUCGCGAGCCAUAGAUGUAAAUGGACUUAAUGGAUCUGAGUGUGAAAAAAGUAUGGACCAGUUCUAUGGAUUAUUUGCGAGGUAUGGAGUUGUAUUUGUGAAGAAUGUCGAAGCAAAUGAGAGUGCAACGAAGAAGUUAUGUGAGAAGAUGGGAAUCAUCAGCAGGACUUACUACGGGGCUGACAUGUGGACUGUAGCUGCAGAUGGCAAACAUGCAGACACCUUCGCCACAAACUUGGCAAUCCGAACUCACACAGACAACACUUAUUUCGACGCCCCCCUCGGAGUCCAGGUGUUCCAUUGUCUGAGUCAUGAUGGUUCUGGAGGAGAAACAUUACUAGUGGACGGGUUAAACAUCUCGAGGCUUCUCCGCCAAAAAGACCAAAAGUCAUACAACACAUUGACACGGGUUCCCAUCCGCUAUAGAUACUUGGAUCCUGGAAAAGCUAUGUUUAAAGCUAGUGGACCUAUGAUCACUGAAGAAUGCGAGGGAUUUCCUAGUUUGAAGCAGUUCCGAUACAACGAUUACGAUCGAGAUAUUGACCAAUCACAUUUGAGUUUAGAAGAUCAGAGAGCGUUUUUCAAAGCGUUGCGAAAAGCAGCGAUUUUGAUCCAGAGUCCGGAAAACGAAGUGACUCUAAAAUUGAGCCCUGGCUUGGUUGUUUUUAUUGACAACUGGAGAGUACUGCAUGGUAGAAAUAGCUUCACUGGAAAUAGAGUGUUGUGCGGGUGUUACAUGGAGAGGCACGAUUGGAGAAGCAAGGCGGCUCUGGCUCAGUUUUGAAUUAGAUCUCAGCAAUUUGUUAUCCUGCAAUCGACUCUAGUUUAACUGAAGAACAGUAUUAUAAACUAUUCGCUUUAUGCAUGACAUACUUACAAAUGGUGCUUCAAUUUUCUUUUUUUUUAUCAAAUAUUAUUAUUUUUUUUAAAUAUUCGCUGUUUAAG